AUGGAUCCCCGGAACGAUGACGGGGAGGGGGCGGGACAGAAGGGAGGAGGCGGUGCGACGAGCAACACGGUCCCAUUCACUGGGGAUGGGCAGGACUCAUUCAACGCCAGCAAUGGAUAUCAUGGUAGCCUUUUCGAAACACCGCAGUCGCUCCUCGCCUCUCCACAGUAUGACAUGUUCUCAUCGCCGUUUCGAUCCCGUUGCUCGAUCUGUCAAAAAGACAUCCAAGGGCAGCAUCGACAGUUCUCUUGCUCACAUAAAAUUUGUGGACAGUGCUGUUCCUUAACGGAUAGUCGGAAGUGCCUGAUUUGCUUUGCAAAUGCGGGCACCACCCCAUUUCCUCCUUAUAUGUUCCUUUCUCCUCCCCACACAGAUCACCCUAGCGAGCUAUUGGACAGUUCACUUUCAAUGCAUAAACAUUCCAUUGGCUCGUAUCAGAAUGGCUUGGCGGACGGCCUUCAGAACAUGAACCUCGGUUUGGGUGACCUAUCGACACCUCUAGAAACCUUCAAUAUUUGGGAUAACCGUUCGAAACUCUCUACCCCAACGCGCGGUUCGUCAUCGAAAGGAAUAGUUCUACCAGAAACGCCAUUACGAUCGGAAGAUGAUCAUCCGCCAGUGUUUUCACCUAACUCGCAAUUGGUCAAUACUUCCGCUGUUUCUUCGCCACUUCCGAUGAACAACCCGCUCAACGUGACAACUCCACAACGUCCGAUGUUGCCAACAUGCGCAACAUGCGGCGUAAAUGCAAGGGCCGAAGCGUUCUGUGCAAAUUGUCGAGAAUUACUUUGUGCGGUAUGUGUUGUAGCCCAUCAAAGAGUUCGGGUUACUCGUGACCAUGUCGUCAUUUCACUGCAACAACUUUUGUGCCACAUGACUGCGACGGCUUUCGGUGCUGCAGAGGACGGGACUAUAGGAGAGUCAUCAGAUUCGUCCCCGAGAGCGCUGUCAGUCUGUCCGACACACGAUGCAAAAGUUUUCUGCUCUUGUGAAACAUGUGGAAGAGUACCUCUUUGUGCACAUUGUAUAUCAUUACACUCCGGACAUCAUAUAGCACCACUAGGUGACGCUCGUACUUGCAUAAAUUCAUUGCUGGCUGAAUCUCGGCGCAACGAGCGAAGUAUCGAAGAAGCGAUCGAAAGUGUGCGAGCAAUGUCAGAAAGAGUUGAUGCGAGUGUACAGGCGGCUGCUUCUGAAUUACGUUCACUAAUGCAUCUUCAUAUGAGUGCUCUCGAGGAAAGGAAGCGGGAGUUACUUCAAAGAGUCGAUACAAUCAGGCAGACUAAAACAAAGAAUUUGAAAGCACAAGCGGAGAAUUUGGCACUUGCCAAGGCGAAAUUUGCUCAGACAAUAAAAUCGGUAGAAUCUGCCACAGCUGAGGAAGAUAACACACAUUUAGCUAAUGUUUUCCAGGAUUUGCUUCAGCUGUACUUUCAACCCAUUCAUUUGGUUCCACAUGAGAAUGACGUUGUCAAGUUUGCGGUACCGGACAAUCAGCUUCUGUCACAAAUUAGAUCUUUGGGUGAGUUGGAAAGUGGACCUUGUGCUCGGCUUUGUCAUCUCAUAGGGGAAGGCUACAAAAGACCAAUACGGGAGCGCCAGUGCAUUGCAUAUGUGCAAAUGCGAGACGCGUGUGGAGAGGUAGUCCCUACGGAUCGAUCUGAUGGAAGUGUGCGGGACGUUAGCGCUACAGUCGUUGCUCCUGACGGCCGUAGUCUUGAAGUGCACAUAGGCCGAAGUGAAGCCGAUGCUGGCGUUGUUGGGAUUGCUUACUUCCCGGUUCUUGAUGGGCAACAUCAAUUAGAUAUCCGCAUUCGCGGAGUUUCCAUAAGUGGUUGUCCUGUUUCCGUUGAAGUUCGCCAUGGUCGUAACUACUCGGAAAUUGCUGCGCAAGGAGAACUGUUUUCUUUUGGAAAGGAAGGUUCUGGCGAUGGUGAACUUUGCCGACCAUGGGGAAUCUGCGUCGACUUACGUGGACGUGUUUUGGUUGCAGAUCGGAGCAACAAUCGUAUCCAGAUCUUCGACCGCGAUGGUGGUUUUCUUGCAAAGUUUGGUUGCGGUGGGACUCGUCCGGGGCAGUUCGACCGCCCUGCAGGUGUAACCGUUAACACAAGAAACAAUAUUGUCGUAGCUGAUAAGGAUAACCACAGGAUACAAGUAUUUGAUGAAAAUGGAAACUUCUUAUUGAAAUUUGGGGAAAGAGGCAGACCAAUUGGUAUGUUCAACUAUCCUUGGGGGGUGGCAACGAAUAGUCAGAACCAUAUUGCGGUUUCUGACACAAGAAAUCAUCGCGUCCAGAUAUUCAAUGAAAAUGGACAGUUUAUCAGAAAAUGUGGUUUUGACACAGCCUUUUUCUACAAACAUCUUGAUUCUCCUCGUGGCGUCUGCUAUUUAUCCGAUGGUCAACUUCUCAUCACUGAUUUCAACAAUCAUCGAUUGGCGGUGUUGUCGUCUCGGGAUACUCCAGAAAUGAAAGUCUAUGGCAGCGAAGGAAGUGUUGAAGGAAUGUUCUGUCGUCCACAAGGAGUAAAAGUCGAUCCGGAAGGUCACAUACUUAUAUGCGAUUCGCGAAAUAAUCGUAUACAGGUGUUCUCCGGCGAUGAUAUGCGCUGCAUUGCGGUAUUCGGACAAUCAUCCUCUUCCACUGGAUUUGAGAUGCCGGCCGAGCUGCCUGCACCGUUCCGUUCUGUCGGACCUACACCAUUCCAUGCGGCUAACACUCCAACCGGUAGCGCAUCUCUGGAUGGUGCUUCGAGUGGGCCUCGUCCACUGUUAGAUCGCCCUACUGACGUGGCCAUAGCCCCAGACGGACGCAUUUACGUGUCAGAGGAUUACUCUUGGAAGCGACAACCAAUUUGCUCAACUAUAAUGUACGUUUGGACCCUGGAUCCUGUUAUUCCUGGAUAG